AAGGUAAGCUGAGCUUUCUCUGGCAACAUCUUGCCUCCCCGCCUUGCAUUUAUUUCGAAAUGAAAAAGAAGGCGCAUAGAAACGUCAGGAAAUAAAUGGUUUAGAUUUAAAAACAGCGUAGGUUAACCUUCAUUUGACAUCGCUAACAGGGAUGGAUCAUAAACAGACAGCCUCUGCUGUGUAAUCCAUCGCUGUAUGCUACAAACUAAAAUGCCAACUGGCUUUUGACACUCCGCACAUUGUCGCAGGCAGUUACGACGGAUUUGUUACUGUGUGUUUGGUCGAUGGGAUGUUAGUCACUCACUGACCCGAAUAAAAAAAGGAAAUCAGUUCGUGUGUGUUAAGCGGAUAGAUGCUAACCGGAGCUCAACGGACUUAACCGCUGUCAGCUCUCACAGGCGGACAUUUAUUUUAAACGUCUCGAUUGGACAGUUAACUCAAACGUAGCUGCAUUUCUCAUACGCGAAGGUUUCUUGCUCUAAUCAUGUUCGCCAAGCCUGAGCAAUAUGUUUGAGUUCAGCCUCGAUGUGUGCCUGGCUGCUCAGGUGGCCUGACAAAUAAGAGACUAAACAGAGCAGGAAUAAACAUUCAGGCAUUUGGUUUGUCUCCAUACGGGAAACAAAGAACCACACUGGUCUUCCAUGAUAAAAUGGGAAUAUUAGACUAAUCUUCCCCUGAUAUUGAUGGUGUGCUAAGGUCCUGAGCUGGGCACAGGGUUUAGCCAGUGUUGUGACUGAUUACUUCCCCCCUAGUAUUGGUAGGUUUAGGGUUAGGUGUGGGGGAGGUGUUAGGAUUAGUCAAUCAGGUAGCAAUUUCAACGAGAAGGGGUAAUAAUGUUAUUGUUAUAUGCUGUUAUUGGUCUCUCUGUUCACUAAAAUUACUUAUUUUAUUAAAUUAUCUGGCAUUUCAAAACCACCAUUUUUUUUAUUUUAUUUUAUUUUAUUUAUAUAUAGCAGCUGUCUAAAAUCUAUUUUUAUUAAUUGUUUGUUAGCCUACAUAUGCUCAUUUCUCUAUCCACAUGAAUAACUAAGGCUUUUGCCCAAAUAUCUACUAGUCCUGCGAUACCAGAGAUAAUCAUCCCAAAAUGGCCUCAGCAAAUGAUGCUCGAUAUGGACAAAAAGAGUCUGCGGAUCAGAACUUUGACUACAUGUUUAAGAUCCUGAUCAUUGGUAACAGCAGUGUCGGCAAAACCAGUUUCCUGUUCCGCUAUGCUGAUGACUCGUUCACCCCUGCUUUCGUCAGCACUGUCGGCAUUGACUUCAAAGUGAAGACCAUCUACCGGAACGACAAGAGGAUAAAGCUCCAAAUAUGGGACACUGCUGGGCAGGAGAGGUACAGGACCAUCACCACAGCAUACUAUCGUGGAGCGAUGGGCUUCAUUCUGAUGUAUGACAUCACCAACGAGGAUUCCUUCAAUGCCGUUCAGGACUGGUCCACACAGAUUAAGACGUAUUCGUGGGACAAUGCUCAAGUGCUGCUGGCGGGAAAUAAGUGUGACAUGGAAGACGAGAGAGUGGUUGCUUCCGAGAGAGGAAGACAGCUGUCUGAACAGCUGGGCUUUGAGUUCUUUGAGGCCAGUGCCAAGGACAACAUUAACGUGAAGCAGGCCUUUGAUCGACUGGUGGACAUAAUCUGUGAGAGGAUGGCCGAGAAUCCGGAGUCGGCGGACCCGUCCACUACAGGAAACCGGCAGGGCCCUCAGCUCAGUGAGCAGCCGCAGCGCUCUCACACAGACUGUGCCUGCUGAGGGUCGCUCACAGCCUCUCCACCGUUCCCAGCAGACUGAACAAUGGACGCUCUAGGAAAGAAGGCUUUGGUACGAGAAGAGCUGAUGGGAUGCCGCUGAGAACCUGUCCACUCUCUGUCCCUUUUGUCAGAUUGACAUCAGUGCAUUUUUGUUUCUCUUAUAUUGAUAUCGUUAACCAAUGCUCCUCAAACCCCUAAGAAUUUGAAUAAUUUCAUAUCUUUUUGACUUCAGGGUCAAAUUAAUUCCAACGUGACAUUACGGUGAAUCACAUUUUGUUUUGUUACACUGUUCAUGAGCAUUUCCUAGGUAAGUUUUUGGAUUCAUCAAGUUCAAAUGAUCAACACAAAUAUCCUCAAUACAUCGCCAGGAGAUUAUUUCCUAAACAGAAAAAUAUACAUUUGGGACCAGCAUAAAGGCUCAUCCCAAGAUAGAACGUUUGAAGGAAUCCUAAGCUUGAAUUCAGCACCGUUUCGCUCUUCAUUUUAAAAUGAUAGAGUGAAAACGAAAUGCGCACUAAUUAAUUUGCUCCCUAUUUAUUUUUUUUUUAAAUAACUGCAGGUGUGUUUUGUAAAACAUAUAUUAUAUAAGCAAAAACGGUAUAUGUGUAAUAAUAGAUGUAAUUAGGAAAAAAAUAAUUAUGAUGUGCUUAAUUGCUUCUAGUUUUGUAAUAUGAAGGAAUUAAUGAAGUUAAGUGUAUUUUCAGUUACAUGUUCUGCUUUUACUCUGGUUCCUACAUACAGGUGGUCUCAAACUCCUCGUUUUACCAUAAAGGAAGUGUGUGAGUGUGUGUGCAUGUUAGUAUGUCAUCCUAGUAUUUUCUAGAUGUUUCCAAGCAUAGAUCCAUGGGCUGAAAACACAAUAAAAGCUUUAAUGAGAAGAGAACCUAAAUCAAAGAAUAGCAGCUAAUAAGACUGUAUUUUGAAAAGACUUACAUUAAAACAAAAUGCAUUGUGAUUCGCUUGAAGUUCCCAUUUAGGCAUUAGAAAACAGAUGCUUUAUGCACCACUGAUUGAUCACUAGAGAAUUAACAUAUGUUAAUGCACACAAUAAUGUUGAUUUAGUUGUAAUUAAGUAUGUUGAUUUACUGCAUCAUUUAUUGCUUAUUUAUGUACAUGCGUUUUUGUUGAUGUAUGUAUUCUGCAUUAGAUUAAGAGGGCUACUGCUAUACUUAUGACAGGCUUGGACAUCUGAAAUGUCUCGCUUUUAUAAAUCACAUUUUAUAAAUCAGUUUUAAACACAAUCAUGUUUGUAGAAAUAUGUGUUGAUUUCCCCCUAUGCAAUUCAGAAGCUUUUUUAUACCAAAUAGUCACUGGAUAUGCAGGGAUAUUGUCUGUAAGGCAAAUUAAGAUUUUUUUCCUUCAUUUAAAACCUUUUUUUACAGUCCAACAAAUGUCAAACCACUGGGAUCUUCUUAUUCAUACAGAGAACACAUUUGUUUGCUUUAUAUGCAGAGUAAUCACUUUUAAAGUAGAAGCCAUAAAACAGAGGUUUGGUUUUGAUACUUUUUUUUUGUGCAUUAGUUGGCAUUUUGAGUUUUUCUUUUUUUUUUUUUUUUGUUUAGAAAGACAGUAGUCCCUCAGUUCCAAAUUCCAAAUCAGUUUUUAGUUUAUAUGCAUUAUACUGUGUUUCACUCUGGGAGAUAAUGGUAAGAAUAAACCACUGUUAGCAAGUGAUAUAUGCAGGACACUUACUGUCAAGAGUUUUAUGAGAAUCAAGUGACCACUUGUUUAUUCCACUUACUGAGUUCAAUAAAAAGCUAUGUUUGAAA